AUGAUCUUCCCUCAGACCAUGGCACCGACGUUUAAAUAUGGCUUUCCGGCAACAUUCGGCUUGGUCAUUGCAGCGAUAAUCGCCGUUGUUGUGGUUCAGGUGUUUAUUUUGCGGGACAAGCGGAAGGAAAAGGAAACCCCGAACACAAUUCAUGAGACAAAAAGUCGGCUCAUUGGGAUAGUCUAUCAUAUUGGAUGA